GGCUUUGCACUGCUUUACAUUAUAAAGAAAUAACUAUUAACCGAUAUCUCUUAACAGUGAUAUUUUAAAUCUUUUAAUAUUUUUCAUUUUCUGAGUACGACUUUAUUGAUCGGGAAAUUAAAAAUAAAGCAUUGUGUCAAUCUGACGUUUUGUGAUUCACCAUAGUUUUUAAUUUUUUUCUUUUUUUGAACGAUUCUAUUUUUUUAAUUAAAAAAAAACAAACGCCUCUCUAUUGUCUGACGGUACGGAUAAAAUUUUGUUUUAAAGAUGUCUACUCCAGUUAGAACUGUAAAUAUUGUACCAAUGCCUAAGAUUAGGAAAGAGAUCUCUGAUGAUGAAGAUGAGGACACCGUGGCUUGUCAGAUCUGCUACAAGAAUUUUGUGAGCGAAGUAGCGUUGAGGAACCAUGCUCGGAUGGAACACACUGAGAUAUAUAUUAAUGGAGAUCCAGCAUUAUGGACAAUGACAACUCCUAAAACACGAUCACAACCUAAAAUAGAAGAAAGAAGUAUAGAAGAGAAAACUAAAGAGUUAAUAGCAUCAAUGACUCCGACAAGUAUAACUAAAUUAGCCUCGGAAGAUGUCAGUUAUAUUAUAGUGAAAUCAGAAGACGGCCCAGAAGAUAAAGCUCCGAAGAAGAAGAAAGUGGAAAAGAUCGAGAAGGAGAAAAUUGAGAAGCAGAAAGUUAUGACUCCAAAGAAAGAGAGAGACCCGCAGCCUAUUACUGGUCCAUUCGAGUGUCUCCAACCUUCGACCCUGGUGGCAGAAGGAACCUGUCACCAGAUAUUCUUCUCAUGCUGUGAGUAUUCCGCUCACUUCAGAGAUGAGCAUACAAGAAGAAGGAAAGGUCUUCGCUGUCAAGUUUGUGAGAAACCUUUAAAUGCUGUUGUAGACCCUCAAGCUUUAUACAGUUGUGGGGUAUGUGGUAUAGGUUUUCAAACCAACAAGGAAUUAUCCGAUCACAGUAGUCAAGCACAUGUCAAAUUAAAACCAUUCGAAUGUACAAUAUGUCAUAAAAGAUUCACACAACAAGGUGGUUUGCAACAACACACACGUAUGCACACAGGUUAUAGGCCGUUUUCAUGCACAAUAUGCACAAAAACAUUCACACAGAAAUCGGGUUUACAGCAACAUUUCAGAAUACAUACGAAAGUUAGACCGUACCGUUGCGUUAUUUGCAAUAAAACGUUCUGUCAAUCUGUACAUUUGAAACAACAUAUGAGAACACAUACAAAUGUAUCUCCAUUCCAAUGUGGUAUCUGCGAUAAGAGAUUCAAACAAAGUAGCCAUUUAAACUAUCAUUUGAAAUACCAUAAUCCAGCAACGAUGACGGAAGAACAGAAGAAGAAAUACGAAGAGUUGGUCGGUUUGAUAGGAAAGAACCCGGUUGAAAGUGAGAACCCAGUUGAAUAUGAGAACCCUGUUGAAAGUGAAAACUCAGUUGAAUGUGGGAACCCAGUUGAGUUGUGUGAACCCCAGUUGGGUGAUGAUAAGAUUGAAUCGUCAGAUGAACCUUGGUGUGUUACUUUUGUAGACCCAAGUAAAUUUACGGAGGACUCUAAUUAUUCAACUUAGGAGGGUUUUUGUACUUAAUGGAAGUUUUUACUUAACUUGGGAGGGAUUUUUAUGUGAAAUUUGUCACCUUGAGUUGGUUUUUUACCAAAUGUUAUUAUUUUUCCUAUUGUUUAUUGUAUUUUUAUAUAUUUGAUGUUAAAAAUUCUAAGUUUGAAAUUAAAUUUUAGUUGUUUUCUACGAUUUUUCAGUCUUGUUGUAAAUUCUUUGCAAUAGUUAAAAUUAAUGUAAUCGAAGAUGCAUAAAAUUUAGUACUAAAUAUAUUUUAUAAGAGAUAGUGUAGUUUUCUAAUUUUGAA